AUGUCGCUGUCAGCAGCACGUGGCCUGCGCCUGAGUCAAUUGGCCCAUCGCGGCCGCCUCUCGCCUCAGCUCCCGAAGCUCCUUGCCGCAUCGCAACACCGUGAUGUCAACCUCGUUCGUCCCACCGCGAGAAUCACGGCGAGACCGUCGACCGCACGGGGAUUCGCAAGCGGAACGUCAUCCCCGGCCCGCGCGACGACGAAAGACCAACCCAAGAUCAAGCUCUACUGGCUGAACGACUCCCGCGCGCAAAACACCCUCUGGCUUCUCGAAGAACUCGGCCUCAAAUACUCUGUCCAAGUCUUCCACCGCGACGCCACCCGUCUCGCACCCCCCGAGCUGGCACAGGUACACCCCCUCGGCAAGGCGCCCGUUCUCGAAAUCACCCCCGCAGCAGCCGGCGCCGCGCCCAUCAGGCUCGCCGAGAGCGGGCACAUCACGCAGUACCUCCUCGAGCACUUUGGUCGCAACAAGCCGUCGCUGAUUCCCGAGAAGUGGCGCGACGGGCACGAGGGCGAGGUCGGCGGCGAGACGGAGGCGUACGCGCGCUUCUCGUACCUGAUGCACUACGUCGAGGGCAGCUUCUUCGCGAACCUGUCGCAGUAUCUGCUAGUCAACGUUCUCAAAUCGUCAAACGUGCCGUUCCUCAUCCGCCCGAUAACAGGCACCGUCGCGGACAAAAUCAACUCCAUAGUCUUCCUCCCCAACUCGCAAAAGCACCUCUCGUUCCUCGAGAACUACCUCAAGACCGCGCCGGGAGUCCAGAACGCAGACGGGUACCUCUGCGGCCCGGAGCUGAGCGCCGCGGACAUACUCAUCAGCUUCGGCCUCGCGACGGCCGACGGCCUCAACGCAUUCGACAAGAUGGGCCCGUGGGAGGGCGGCUCGGCGAGGGCGGCGCAUCCGGUCGUGUUUGCUUACCUCGACCGGUUGAAGAAGCAGCCUGGGUAUAUCAGGGCGAGCGAAAAGGCAAAGGAGAUGGAGAGAAAGUAA